GCCACCCGUGGCGCACGGAUUUCCCCGUCUCAUACACAAAAGGGAAGGGGAGGGGGCGCUUAUAAGUGGGCUUGUUACAGCAAAAUAUUCACGGGAUUUGUGCAAAAAUAACACAUGCAUUAACGCUUCUCUUUGUAGCAUAAGUGGAGAGCGAAAGGGAAAAAACAGCAUGGAAAGUAAUCAUAUUAAAAAUAUAGUGAAAUACAGCGAUAGGGGUGGAUAAAACGGCAUCCCCGGCUCGAAGCUAUUGUCCGUCGCUCAGUGACGAUCAGGGAACUCCGCAUCCAUUGCGCUCGCACGCGCAGUGACGUGUUUGGCACGGUCCGAAUCUCUCGCGAAACGAAGGUAAAAGCGGCGUCCUACCCUAUAAACCCGCACAUCCAUGUGACCAAAAAAUAAAAGGAAAGGUGAGUCUAUUAAAAAAAUCGCUGCAAUUAAGACGCCGCCGGUAGCGUUUUUCGUUAGUAGAUCGCGGCCCGAUGAUAUGUCAGUAAAUCUUAAGAGAGCGGAGGGGCGACAGGAGCACUAGCGGUAUCACGCUUUUUUGGCGCUCGGAGACUUGAGCGAGCCUGCACCUGUGCACGCAGAUACACCUGUAAGGUAACUUUUAGGUGGUCUCUCUGGCGUUUACGAAAUUAAUUUAAUUAAUUCUAGCUUAGUGUUAGUGGUUUAAAAGUGAACCGUUUAGUCUUAAAUAUAGAUACAUAGUUACAAAGACUAUCCAUGCAGUAUCUUAUAACCAAGUUAAAUGUCCAAAUGCAUUUCUUGUUACGUUAAUCACUGUUUGAAGUGCGCAUUUCUUUGUAUUUCUGUUCAGAGUACUGGCACCUCUCAUAAUCUGCCGGUACUGAACAGCAAGGGAAACACUGGCACCUGUUUUUUUCCACCUAAAGGCAUUAAUGUUACUAAAAUCGAAAGCAUAGUUAAUCGUUUAGUGUUUUGUUUUGCGCCAUAUUAUAAUUAGAUGUCAAAUGAAGGCACUGCUUAUUUUAACAGUAAGAUAAUGAAGGGUUAAAGAGGUGCCGCUCCUGGGGAGCUGAGAUCAUCUCGGUAGAGAGUGAAGAACGCUCGGGAGAGAAGCCAUCCCAGGGCGGCUGCAAUCGGGCGUAUCUGAGCGGACUCUCGCCUUUCCCUUGGGGCACCGGCGCAAGGAGCCCACAAAUCAACAGGACGAAGCGGGUGUCACUCAGAAAUGGCAAAGUCUCCAUGCUUCCUCGGGCAGCUCGGUCAGCCUGUGUCGGACUUUUCCAUAACACAAGACACGAAGUAACCCGGCGCCCUCGCUUGACAGGGGGAGGGCAUCCUCUUACCAUUCCAUACCCGAGGAGGGGGGGAGUGGAAAAAAGGGACGUAAACAUAUAGUCGCCCUUCAUCCCGGAAGAUCUGGAAGGGGGCUCUCCAUGAAAAAUAAGCGGUGGCUCGUUUGCACGUCUCAUCGAUCCCGUCCCGACCUGACUGCUGUUUCUCAUCGAAAGUUUCCGAGAGUCAAGUCAAGUGGCGGAGCUCGGCACUUGCCCCGCUUGAGGAGGGCGCCGCGAGCGCUGCAUGCGGCACGCGCGUGAAGGACGCCUCGGCUUCCUUAGACCCUCCGCAGCUCCAGCAGUGAACUGGGACCAGGAUGCCGGUGCGCCGUGGACACGUGGCGCCGCAAAACACUUUCCUGGACACCAUCAUCAGGAAAUUCGAAGGCCAGAGCCGCAAGUUCAUCAUCGCCAAUGCGCGUGUGGAAAACUGCGCCAUCAUCUUCUGCAGCGAUGGUUUCUGCGUGCUGUGCGGCUACACGCGUUCGGAGGUCAUGCAGAAACCGUGCACCUGCGACUUCCUGUACGGCCCACACACCAAGCGGCUGGCCAUCGCCCAGAUGGCCCAGGCACUGCUUGGCUCAGAGGAGCGGAAGGUGGAGAUCGCCCUCUACAGGAAAGACGGCGUGUGCUUCCUCUGCACAGUGGAUGUGGUCCCGGUGAAGAACGAGGAUGGCAUGGUCAUCAUGUUCAUCCUGAAUUUUGAGGUCAUGAGCGAGGACAAACGCAGCGAGUCCAGCCGAGAGCUCAACCACAAGCUGUCCAUCCCUUGGCUCUCCACAGGCCGGUCUCGUGGCUUCAGGGUACGGCUCCCGCUCCUGCGCUCCCUGGCCAACAGCAGGCAGUCUCUCCAGGACGACCCCGAGGCGGCCCGUGUGCCAAGGGCCUCCCACCCCGGUCGUGACUCCCUGGUGCUGGACGAGCUCAUCUCCCUGCCCGAGCCGGAGGGCCGGAGAGCACUACUGGAGAGCCGGCCUCUGACACCACCGCCACCGGCUGCCGACUUCCCCAUGCGGCCACACCGCCUCGACCCAGAUGCUUCCGUGUCCAAUUGUAGCCUGACUCACAGCCGCUCGCGGGAGAGCUUCCACAGCAUGCGGCGUGCCUCUUCUGUUGACGACAUUGAGGCCAUGAGGCCUGAGUGGGAGCGCAAGGUCCGCUGUGGUAGCACAGGCGCAGUGAACAACAAAUCGAAUAUCCUCAACUCUACCUCGGACUCGGACCUCAUGCGCUACCGGACCAUCAGCAAGAUCCCACAGAUCACUCUCAACUUUGUGGAGUGCAAGCCAGACCCCCUUAUUGCCCUACCUCCUGGUGACAAGGAUAUCAUCGCUCCCUGCAAGCUGAUCGACCGCACGCAUCACGUCACAGAGAAGGUUACCCAGGUGCUAUCGCUGGGUGCCGAUGUCCUCCCUGAGUACAAACUCCAGGCUCCCCGCAUCCACAAGUGGACCGUCCUGCACUACAGUCCCUUCAAGGCGGUGUGGGACUGGCUAAUCCUGCUGCUGGUGAUCUACACGGCCAUCCUGACGCCCUACUCUGCUGCUUUCCUGCUGAGUGACCAGGCAAACGUGGCCAUGGAGAGCUGCAUCUACACGUGCACUCCGCUUAGCAUGGUGGACCUCAUCGUAGACAUCAUGUUCAUCAUCGACAUCCUCAUCAACUUCCGCACCACCUACGUCAACAUUAAUGACGAGGUGGUGAGCCACCCCGUCCGCAUCGCAGUGCACUACUUCAAGGGCUGGUUCCUCAUCGACAUGGUGGCAGCCAUUCCCUUUGACCUUCUCAUAUACCGCAAUGGGGAGGAGACGACCACUCUGAUUGGCCUGCUGAAGACGGCCCGCCUACUGCGACUGGUGCGAGUGGCUCGCAAACUGGACCGGUACUCGGAGUACGGUGCGGCAGUGCUCUUUCUGCUCAUGUGCACCUUUGCCCUUAUCGCCCAUUGGCUGGCCUGCAUCUGGUAUGCCAUUGGCAGCGUGGAGCGCAACGGCUCCAUAGGCUGGUUGCACUCGCUGGCUGACCAGUUGGGGAAGCCCUACAAUGAGACCAUCCAGGGCUCGGGCCCAUCCAUCAAAGACAAGUACGUCACAGCACUCUACUUCACCUUCAGCAGUCUCACCAGCGUGGGCUUUGGCAACGUGUCGCCCAACACCAACUCGGAGAAGAUCUUCUCCAUCUGCGUCAUGCUCAUCGGUUCCCUGAUGUACGCCAGCAUCUUCGGCAACGUGUCGGCCAUCAUCCAGCGACUGUACUCGGGCACGGCACGCUACCACACGCAGAUGCUGCGGGUUCGGGAGUUCAUCCGCUUCCACCAGAUCCCCAACCCCCUGCGCCAGCGCCUGGAGGAGUACUUUCAGCACGCCUGGUCCUACACCAACGGCAUCGACAUGAACGCGGUACUGAAGGGCUUCCCCGAGUGCCUGCAGGCCGACAUCUGCCUGCACCUGAACCGCACACUGCUGCAGAACUGCAAGGCCUUUAAGGGCUCCUCCAAGGGCUGCCUGCGCGCCCUGGCCAUGCGCUUCAAGACCACGCACGCCCCGCCCGGUGACACAUUGGUGCAUGCUGGCGAUGUGCUCACUGCCCUCUACUUCAUCUCCCGCGGCUCCAUCGAGAUCCUACGCGAGGACGUGGUGGUGGCCAUCUUGGGCAAGAAUGACAUCUUCGGUGAACCCAUCAACCUCUACGCACGACCUGGGAAGUCAAAGGCGGACGUGAGGGCACUGACCUACUGUGACCUGCACAAGAUCCACCGUGAGGACGUUCUGGAGGUGCUGGACAUGUACCCCGAGUUCUCUGAUCACUUCUGGAGCAAUCUGGAGAUCACCUUUGACCUACGUGAUACUAAUAUGAUUCCCGGCUCUCCGAGCAGCGACGAGUCGGACUGCAUCGGCUUCAACCGGCUGCGCAGACGGAAGCUGUCCUUUCGGCGCAGGACCGAAAAAGAUGACGAGAAAGUUGGUGAGAUCAAGACGUCUCAGAGACCAGUCCGCCGGGCAAGAAAGCAGGCCGUCAGCAACCAGACAGAGUGCUGUACGGUAGAGUGGGAGGGGCCACGGAGUUCCGUGUCUUCUCACUCCAGUGUGGAAGAGGGGAAGGAGUCAUUUCUCACCUGCCCCGCCCCUCCCUCCGCCCUCCUGGAGUUGCCAAGGGAACUGGGAACACACGUCAAUGUGAGCGACGCUCUGGAGGUGGACGGGGAGCCUAAGACUGGCAGCACCUGCAAUGCGCUCUCCGGUGCAUUUUCCGGAGUGUCUAACAUCUUCAGCUUCUGGGGUGACAGCCGCGGCCGGCAGUACCAGGAACUGCCCCGGUCUGGUCCGGCCUCCUCUCCCACAUUGGCCACACCAACCUACGGCAUGGCCCGCUGGCAGCGGAGCCAGGUGGAGAACCGGCUAGAGCUGCUGCAGAAACAGCUGCACAGGCUUGAGAUACGCAUGUCCACCGACAUCAGCACCAUCAUGCAGUUGCUGCAAAGGCAGAUGGUCCUGGUGCCCCCUGCCUACAGUACGGUGACGUCCCCCCCGCAGCCGUCGCCCUGCUCUGGUCCCGGGGAAAGGCUGGUGCAGCCGGUCCCCCCACUGGAGCCCGACACCCUGCAGUCGCUCUCACAGAUCCUGAUCUCUCAGAGGUCUGAGGAAUCAUCUUCCAGGUUGUGCGAGUCCCAGAAAAGUACGGUAGAGCCUCAACCCCUGGGUUCCCCACCGGCCGCCCUCAACCAGGAGGCAGGGCUCUCUGGCCUGGCCGGUCCCCAGUACUGGAUGGACGGGAUAACAGGGACCCCCGUGGUGGACCCUGAGGCACAGCGGAGGCUGUCGCUGCCGGGGCAGCAGGUGGCUCUGGAUUCACGGACGCCGCAGAGGCACAUCUCUGACCCAGGGAGCUAGGCCCUCCUUGGAGCAUCUCAUCCAGGUCUUCCCUGUAGUCCCUCCACGUCAAGGAGGAGACCACCAGUGCUCACCACUUCCUACUUGCAUUUCCAUCAGCUGUGGGAGUUUCCUAGGGUGCUUCCCACCUACCUGCACCACACUAUCCUGCCAACCCCUCUUCUUGGCUGAUCUGAGGAACCACUGGAGAUUAGAGUUUAGGCCCAUCUCCAUCUCCGGCUCUUCGUCCUCCAUAGCAGGUCGAGACACUGCAAAGAGUGCAGUGAAGCGAAAGGCUACACUGGAUGAACUUUCCCUUUACUGCUGAAACUGGCGUCGGAACAACGAGACAGACAUGCACAGCGUAGGCGCUCAGCCCACCUCUCGUCCACGUUGCUUCCUGACAUUGUUAGUGAACUUCUGCGUUAGCUGGCCUAACAGAUGUGUGGCUGCUGCCCCCCCUGGAGUCAUUUCCCAAAGUGCAUCCACAAGAUGGAAUGUGGGUUUUAACUGUUGCUGUGGGGGAGUGGGGUGUUCAAAGCCAUUAAUUACUGGUGAACAUAUCACAUUCUUAAAAUAAACCUUGUACAGAUUUUGAAUGACAGAAUCCUCGAACAAUAUGCAAAUUCAACAAGAGAAUUGUUAAAUUAUUACAGGAGUGCAUCGAUUUUCAGUCCAAAGGUAUGCUGUAGUUUGCUAUGGCCUGUGGAUCACAAUUCAUUUGCGUGGUGAUACGUUGGAUCCCACUACAGCAAUAUAAUGUAUAGAGAAAGAGUUCUUGCUCAUGAAGUCCAUAGUUUUCUGUUAAUCACCUUCCAUGUCUUCUUGAUCCAUUCUCUUGGGCAGGUGGUCCUUCUCCUUCAGAGGUGGCAUAGCAGAACUCCUCUGGUGUUCAUCUUGGUGAGUGGAUGGCAGGUUGUACUUUGAAAGAUGGUUGAUUGUAAUGUACUGCGUUGCACAAUGAAAUGAAGGUAUUUAUUGUCUGUUUUUUAUUUCUUGGGUCUUGUAUCUCCUUCAGUAACCAACACGUAUUCUUCUGUCGCAAAGAAAAAUAUAAGGAUUUCUCUUCUGAUGGAUGAAUAUGUGGAUCCUUUCCCAAAUCCAUUUCUGUGUAGUGAAAACAUGACAAAACAGCUUUUAAAUGGACUUAACCCUCACCAGAGAUUCCAUUUGGUCAAGUUACACACCUCAGUUUGUAAUGAACUGUAACAAGGUAAAAGUUGAGCUGUCAAUCUGCUGUAUGACCACAUAUUUGCCAAACCCCAAAAUCCAUUGGAAUUAUGAAUAUUUUUUUCUGUGUAUUAGUAUGUAUUUUUACAAAGUUGACUGAACAUGAGUCUGAAAAUCCACAGCUUGUCCAUUAUAAAAAUAAGCAUUGAUUGGUCCAAAGCUGGACUGUCGAAUUCCAGUCCUGACAGGCAGAAGGUUUUUGUUCCAGAAGAGAUUUUAUUAAUUAACAAUGCAUCGUCCCUCCCCAUCUAUCCCAGGCAGCAUAGGGCAAAUGUCAGGGGCACAGCCUCGAUGGAUAAUCACACUCUUUGGGUGAUGUGAAGGUGACACAGAAGGAACAGGGCUGCCCCCUGAGUGAGUCAGCUUAUUCAUUUUACAGCAACUGACUUCCUAAUUAAAAAAAAAAAACUAAACAUGGUUCAAAAAUCAGCCUCUCGGUUUAUAAACUAAACACAUUGCUUGUAGACCCACUGCAGUUUUAAUUUGUCUGUGAUUUCAUUUGACCACAAUAAAGGUGGUUUACACAAUCGGUACUGAUCAGUAAAAGUCUAUUGGAACUUAUAACAGAGUACCCUGCAAUUCCCUCCUGGACUUAAGUUUCACUGCCCCUUGCAACAAUUCCAAAUACCUUGCCAGUUCCAAGGUAGAGCUUAACUAUUUAUUUUCAUUUGAGCAUAUUUUGUGUUUUUAGAAACUUUAACCAUACCUUUACAGGCAUUAUUAGCACAACCUGUUAAUCCCAUAAAGCUGAUUCAGUUAUACUUGGCAGGUAUGGAUUUUAGUGUUGAAAGAGGAUGGGGUGGGGUAUUAACGACCCCCAGUAAUGUACUGUAGUAUUGCACAAUGGACAUGUGUAAAGUGCAAGCCAAGUGUUUCACCCAUGUCUGAGGGUCAGAUGGAUUUCUGAAGCACUGUAUAACAUGCUUUACCAAUUAACAGAAACCUCAGUCCUCAAACUGUGUUUUAACCUGUGUAUAUGUACUUAAUGUAAAGACACCAAUACUGCUUCAGUCUGUAAGAAAAAAAAACAUUUAAGCACAUGACAGUAACACUUUGGAGUUUUCUAUCCCUAAUGCCAAACUGAGGGAUGAUUUCACUUUCCACUUCAACCUUCAACCUAUCCUGUGAAUCAGAUUGUCUUGUUUCCUCUGAUUCAGGUCCAUUUCCUUUCUGCACUACUCUGAUACUUGCCCUAUUGUUGGGAAACCGCUUUCCAUUGUUGGUCUCUGCUUAAUUUCUGACAUAACCUCUGACCUGUAUUAUAAAGCAUGAUUUCUUGCUUAACUCGAUGAUUUGUUGGAUUUAAGGCAGUCUGGGCUAAAUGUGAGUGAACAAAGAUAAAGUCCAUUUAAACUGGGUUACCUCAAAUACCUCACAAGCUAUCCAGUUCAGCAAGAAAUCCACCUUCAUACAGGCCCCUGUUGUAAAAGUAGCUUUGUUCUGAAGUUUCCUUACAUGAGGGUGUUUUGCUUCCUCAAUUCAUUCAACUUGUUCGCUCAGGCAUUUGAAAACUGUACUGUCUGUCACCUUAACAUACAAAACCUAGGAGCUGUUUCACAAAAAGCAGGGUUUCUUGCUUAGCCAGAUGACUUGUCAGAUGUAAGAUACCCCGGGUUAAAUCGACUUUAUCUAUGUUCACUUACAUUUACCCCAGACCACCUUAAAUCUGACAAGUUGUCCGGCUUCUUAAUACCAGCCCCUAGUCUUCAUCUUAGUACAGGUAUCUGCAACAAAUCACCUGUAACAUAAUUGUUACACUGCCUCCUACAAAGGCAUGCUGCACCCUUUAACGUUUGGAAGAUUGUCAUUUAAAUCUGAUGCCUCUCAGUAGACGAGACUGUUUUCAUAUCGAUGGAUGUAUCUGACAUAAGUCUGGCAUUUGUAGAUACUCUGACAAAUAUUUUUCCCUAAAAUAAGUCUACACUAGAUUUUUUAUUGCCUCUUCCCUGUAUAUGAGAAUCUUGUAAUGGAAUCAGCCUUGGCACUCUUGUAGCCAGUACUAUGCAGAAACUGUCAUAUCCGUGGCAUGCUCCAGAAUGCAAACUGUAGAAACGUUUGUCCAGUUUUUAACAAUCAUAUUCAUGAUUAUAUUAAUAUUAAUAAUAAUGGUGAUGGUGACGAUCAAAAUAAUGAAGAUGAGAUUUAAAAAAAAUCAACGUUGUGCACAUUUUAUUUGCAUGCUGCACUGAAAACAGAGGGACGAGAUCGCUCUGGGCCACUGGUUUCUGGAUUGUCUGAGGCACACGUUAACCUGCUGUGUCAGAAAGCAGCAAAUGCAUACUAACAUGCCAGAAGGAGACCUGAAGAACAACAGUGAGCCCAACACCUCAAGAAGAAUUAAUUCUAUAGCCAUGUUUAUAUCAAGCACCAGUGAAUUGGAGGAAAUAAGUUACGGGGUCUGUGUGAUGGUACCAUAAGCGGAUGAAAUGUCCAACUUUUCCUUCAAUAAACCUCUUUGAAAGCAAA